AUAUAUUCAGUUAUCUGUACACAGUAGGUCAGAACGCACUUAAACCGAGUGACGUUCGAGUACGUAAUUGAAUUGAAUUGAACAAUGUGUACUGAGCCGUUGCAUUUGAUGCCGCAAAAAAAAUGGCUAGACUUGAAAUCGGCAGCUCUCUCCGACUGGCCUAGGAGUAUUUCUAUGUAUACACUCUUAGAAACUGAGGAACAUAUUCUAGAACUUGGAAUCGAUUACGGUUUUAAGGUUUACAGCCCAUAUGGCGAUGUGAAUAAUGGAAUCGUUGCCCUUAAUCUAAAGAACAAAUAUUAUGAAGUCAUUAUACAAUGCCCCAAAGAUGAUACCACUGAACUUGAAAAAGCCUUACGAACAACUACGCUCAUUGACUGGACUCAACCAUUAGAAGUUCCUUUUGCUCCUAUACAUGUCGCAGAAUGUUUAAAAAGGAUAAUAUAUGAAAAGAAUUGCAAGAUAGAUCAUAUUACAAUGACACAAACAUUCUUAUUGAAUAAAGAUUCGCCUUUAUUUGAUUUAAGCUUGGCUCCGGAAUUUUCAUUCAAGCUCCUCACUCUAGACUACGUGAACUUGGUUAAUACAACGUGGCCUCACAAAACCCCCGGCUCGGAGUGGUACUUCGAGUUGCUUAUUAAGGCUAACUUGGGCUAUGGACUGUUUAAGAGCGGUGAACUCAUAGCGUGGUCGUUUAUAAAAGAAAUGGGUGCCCUUGGACACUUGUAUACUUUGGAAAAUUAUAGAAGGAAAGGCUAUGGGGAACUAGUUCUUAAACUUAUAUCUAAUGUAUUGUUAAAGGAUAAUAAAUGCGUCUAUGCAUACUGUGUUGCUGGUAAUAACAAAGCUGGUAAUUUGUACAAGAAACUUGGUUUCGCCAGUGUUGUGGACGUUCAUUGGUGUAAUUUUGUACCGAAUUAGAUAUAUAUAAAUAUACUCG